AUGGCUCAAAUUGCCAGCAAAGCAGCGGCCAUACAGGCUCACAUUCAGACCCUCGCGAUUACAGCAUCGAAGCUCACCACUCAAGUCCCCAAAGGUGAAACGUCGGCUUCAGCAGAACAUGAGGCAGUCCGGCUAUCGCUGCUCCGGACAUUACGAGACUUGAAGAACAUACUGGAGGAUCCAAAAGACAGGAGUCUUCAAAUAACCCUCCAAGUUAAUCAAAAUGUGGCCAUUAGAGCAGCUAUUCAUCUGAACAUUUUUGAAGCACUUAGUCAACAUGAUGUUGGUGAUGGGGUGGAUAUCGAUUUGCUCACCAAAGGGGUGGGGGAACAAAGAGCAGACAUUGUGCUUGUCGAUAUUAUAAUUGCCACGGGACCUAACGUGAAAGUGGUCUACAGCUUUGAUGACAUGAUUCCGCCACUUUUCGAUCUCCCAAAAUAUUUGACAGAAACACAGUUCCGGAACCCAUCUGACAUCCACCGAGGCCCUUUCCAGCAUUAUCAUAAAACGACCCUGCCCUAUUUUGACUAUGUUAGACGCGACCCUGCUCGCCUGGCUGUUCUCAAUUCCGCUAUGCAGGUCCAGAGCUACGCGUUUGCGGAGUCUCAGUCAGCUGUGUACCCGUGGGAAUAUGAACUAGGACAAGAUGUCUCUGAUAGUGAGGUGGUGAUUGUUGAUGUUGGCGGGGGUAAGGGCCAGGCACUUGAAGAGAUCAGGAAAGCGCAUCCUGGUCUGAAAGGGAGAUUCGUGCUCCAGGAUUUGAAAGGGACAGUGCCAGAGAAGGUAGAAACUGCAGGCAUAGAGAUCAUGGAAUAUGAUUUCUUUAAGCCUCAGCCGGUGAAAGGGGCUCGAGCAUAUUUUUUCCGUCGUGUAUUACAUGACUGGCCCGACGUGCGUUGUAUUGAGAUCCUGCGAAACACUGCAUCUGCGUUGAAACCAGGCUACUCUCGAAUUUUAAUUGGCGAUGUUGUACUACCGGCCAGGAACCCUCCGUUACUGCCAUCACUUUUUGACUUCAACAUGUUGACAGUCGCUGGCAUGGAGCGAACCCGGAAACAAUGGGAGGAGCUAUUGGAAGCAGCAGGUCUACAAAUCAAAAAGGUGUGGGGCAACGAUGGGUGUAUCCUAAGUAUCAUUGAAGCCGUAUUGAAGGCAGAGAGCGAGUGA